GCCAUCGCAAAUUCACGUCUUCCUUGUGCGACCGCAGACUGGCACAUCCAUGGACACGACAUUCCAACCUUACCUUUUUUAAUCGUUCUCGAUUCGAUGAUCACCUGAUUUUAAUCGCCGGUAAAGACUUUUUCAAAAACAUCAUCAACAUCGCCAUCAUUGUCAAUGCGCCGAGAAUAACGACCCAUCUUCCACCUACGAUUAAUUCACCAAAGUCGCGCCUGCACGCGACUCAAGAACAAUCACGAAUCUUCACUUCACAUCACCCAUUCAUGCAAAUCUCGACCGCACCGAACGCUUGGAAGGAUACGGAAGUUCUGGCCCAUUUCUGAAACGCUUAAAUGAAUUGAGAACGCUUUCUUCAUUUCGGAAACGACACCUUCGACGCUGAGUCGCCCUGGGCGAUUGCUGGCCACAAGCCAGAUCGUUCACCAUGGCGGAGCGCUCGCUGGAGACGUUGGAGGGGAGGCUCCGGGAUCCAGCGACCGAUCUCAAAACAAAGGCGAAUCUCUUAAUUGAGCUGCGCGAUUCACUUGAGAUAGUCAGCCAGGCAUCUGGAUACUCCAACUUCCUUACGAAAUUUGUGCCUCUCUUUUUCACAAUCCUUACGGAUACACCCAUAUGCGUUGCGCCAGAUGAUGCGCUAUCAGAGCGCAAGGUGCGCCAGCAUGUCCUUGAGAUCUUGCAUAGGUUGCCUGUCUCGCCGGAUCCGCAGGUGAUGGAGCCGUUUGGGGAGAAGAUCAUUGACAAAUGCAUGCAAUUGGUGGAUGUGGAGGCCGAGGACAACGCCGUAUUAUGUCUGAAGAUCAUCAUGGACUUCUGUCGGCAUCAUGUGAAGACUUUGCCGGUUGCGGAGAAGUUCUUGCAGCUCAUCCUGAACAUCUUCGACAGCAUGCCGCAAAGAAUCAAGGAUACCUUCGAGACUGGCGCAGCGCAACCUCCAGCUUCCAGUGUGCAAAUACCCUCAACGACUAAUGUAGGAACGCCUGAUACCCCAUCAGCCUCUGGAGCGACUGCGAGCGGGAACACUGGCACUACGACCGGCGAGUCUUUGCCGACAGGCAGUCAGAGUUUCAAAGUGAUCGCCGAAUGUCCGAUCAUCGUCGUUUCGAUAUUCCAGAAUCACAGACAAAUUGGACCGAAGCAAGUGGUCAAAUUUACACCUCGUAUCAAGGCUGCGCUCCUUCUGCAGGCCCCAGCGCAGAAGAAGGCGCAUGACGAAGCCAAGCAGAACAACACGAUUUUCACCGGCAUUGCAAAGGAGUUCAAAACAAGUCGUCAAAUUACCGCAUUUGGAGACAUGAUCACAGCGCAGGUCAAGACCAUGUCCUUUCUUGCAUAUCUACUUCGUGCCUAUCAGUCAACGAUGUCGGAUUUUUUGCCUCAUCUGCCAGAUCUUGUCGUUCGCCUUCUCCGGGAUGUACCGCGAAGUCACACUGCCACACGCAAGGAGCUUCUUGUUGCAAUUCGACAUAUUAUCAACUUCAAUUUCCGCAAGCAAUUCCUUCCUGUGAUCCUCCCACUCCUGGAUUCCCGGACACUCGUUGGAGAUUCGUUGACAGCUGAUGCCACAUUGCGACCGUUGGCAUACACAAUGCUUGCUGACUUGAUCCACCACGUUCGAGAGCAAUUGACGUCUGAUCAAAUAGCUCACGUAGUACAUGUAUACGUAAGCCAUCUCACCGGUGAUGAUGGCGUAGAAGUCCCCGGAACGAGCUAUCAGACGAUGAGUGCAAAAUUGCUCCUUAAUAUGGCCGAGUGCAUGUCGAAGAUGCCCGAGAAGAAGGAUGCUCGGUACUUGAUGAUCACCGUAUUGAAUGGCAUUGCAGAUAAGUUUGCAGCCAUGAACAGGGCAUAUCCAAAUGCUGUCAAGCUCUCCCGACAACAAGCAGAACAAAACAACUCGGGAACAGAAGCGCCUGCCGAGUCGUAUCUCGCUGUCAAAGAAAUGAAGCCGGAUUGGGACGAGACGGACAUCUUCAACGCCAUGCCAAUUAAAGCCACGAACCCGCGGGAUCGGGCCAUGGAUCCUGUGACCGAGAACAAAUUUCUGUUCAAGAACCUCCUGCAGGGACUGCGACAAUUUUUCACACAAUUACGAAACAGCAAUCCUCCGAGGAUAAAGGAGGAUGUGGAUCCAUCCAACGCACCUCCACACUGGAACGAAUUGUCUUCAGGAUUUGAGGCGGAAGAGGUGAAUGUUUUGGUCAAGCUUUUCCGUGAAGGUGCGAAGUGUUUCCAGUACUAUGCUCCGUUGGACCAAGCUGGCUCAGGCGAUGGCAAUGCCGAGACCAACAGCAGUUUAUCGCAGACAGCCAAUUCCAAAGAAGAGAAGGAUCUCCUAGAAUCGUUCGCCACGAUCUUCCAUAAUUUGGAUCCUGCGACUUUCCACGAGAUCUUCACUUCGGGCACGCCGUCUGGUCUAGAGUUCCUGUAUCGCCAAAACUUCCGGCACCCUGCGCUUCUUCAUGUUCCGCAAUUCCUUCUCGCAAGCGAGGCAACAAGUGCAGCGUUCUGUGGAAUGCUGCUGAAAUUCCUCAUGGGCAAGCUUGACGAGGUUGGCGAGAACGACAACACCAAGACAGCUGUGCUAUUGCGCCUCUUCAAGCUUUCGUUCAUGGCUGUAACAUUAUUUUCCACCCACAAUGAGGGCGUCUUGCUCCCUCAUGUUCGCGAUCUAAUCACGCGCUCGAUCGAGCUCUCAGUCACGGCCGAAAACCCGACCAACUAUUUCCUUUUGCUCCGAUCACUAUUCAGAAGUAUCGGUGGUGGUCGAUUCGAGCACCUCUACAAGGAAAUCCUUCCUCUUCUAGAAAUGCUUUUGGAAGUCCUCAACACGCAACUCGCUGCAGCCUCAGACGGUAGCACUCGCGAUCUCUUCGUGGAAUUGUCACUGACCGUGCCGGCACGUCUCAGCCAUUUGUUACCGCAUUUGUCGUAUCUCAUGCGACCGCUCACAGUUGCGCUUCGAGCAGGCGAGCAGCCCGCCACACCAAAUUACCGUGGCAAUGGAAGUCCGAGCGACAGAAGUAUCAACCCUGCAGGUGUCAACGAGCUUACCGCUCAAGGUCUUCGGACCCUUGAACUGUGUGUCGACAACCUGACUGCCGAUUACUUGGACCCGAUCAUGCAGCCUUGGAUGUAUGAGAUUAUGGGCAGUCUCUGGCGCAUGUUAAAACCAGUGAGCGUUACGGGCGCCACUAUGAACAACGGUCAGCUCACAGGUACCGGCCAUAUGGGAGCUCAUACAGCCGUGAGGAUUUUGGGCAAACUGGGUGGACGCAACCGCAAAUUCUUGACUGCUGCACCCGAACUUGAAUGGCGCACAUCGGCGGAUGAUGCUGCAAGCUUUGACGUCCAUUUUCUCAGCCCGCAUUCGAGCAAGAGCAGUCGCGCCAUGCCAGCACAUCUUGGAGUCGACGCUGCUAUCGACAAGCUUUGGGACACGCCUUCAACAGCGGCGGGAAAGAAAUCAGACGAGUUUUACAAGCGACAUGCUUUCAAGCUCAUCACGUCUCAUGUCAAGUUGCUGGUCGGCUCGGACAACCUUCCCGACGAUCUGGCUCGAUUGAUUCGGCUCCAGGCUGACGACCUUGCGAACAAGAGCUUUGACUUCGGUUCAGAUCUUUUCUCUGUGUCAGAGCCGGGUGCAUCAAUGGCCAAGAGAGACGAGCAGAAAUAUAAACUCCUCAGACUGAUCAAAGCAGUCAUCCAUGCAACCAGCAUCGACUUCUUGAAGCCUGAAGCUGACAAGAUCCUACUUUCUGUGUAUCGACAUUUCAUGGUCGUCGAGCUGGGCACUGCUGUAGCCAGAGAGAAGCAUGCAAGUCGCCCCUUCGAUGCCAGAUCUGGUGAUGGUCCGGUGUUUAUCGACACCGUGAUUUUGGCACACGCAAUUUGCGACAGCUUAGCCUCGUCCAUCAAGGAUGUACGAGAAUCUGCCGAAAAGGCGAUGAUUCUCUGCUACAAAUUUGCAUCUACGAUCUUCGGAUCAGAAGCAAAAGUGGAAAGCCUCCCGUUCUUCGCCAAGCUUGUUGAAGUGCUCAGUCAUGCUUGUUACGAAGAAGAAUGGUUCACCAAGAAUGCUGGUUCCAUCGGUCUGGCGAUCAUUCUUGACGUGAAGAAGCUGCCCUUUUCUGAUUCGUGGAUCGCUGGUCGCAUGCACGACAUGCUCAAGGCCUUGCUUUACGUGGUCAAAGACAUGCCCCAAGAGCUCCCAGCGAAUAUCCGCGUGCAGGCUUCUCAGGCAGUCAUCGCUCUUGCGACGCGUUUCGGCAAAAGUGGCCUGGAGACCAAGGCUGAUCUCGAGAGCAAGGAUAGUAAACUCAACAUCCUUGCUAACCGGCUUAUCGGUGAGGUCAACCACAUGAAUCGCCAUGUCCGUGAGACCAGUCAGACAGCAUUGAAGGAGCUCGCCACAUCCUUGGACAUGCCGUUGGUCGAGCUUCUCAAUCCAGUGAAAGAGCUGUGCAUUGCACCCAUUUUCAUGAAGCCAUUGCGUGCCCUACCCUUCGCCGCUCAGAUAGGUUACAUUGAUGCCAUCGACUUCAUGUUGACGAGCCAGGGCGAAAAGGAGAUCAUCAUCUACGACGGACACUUGGAUCGUCUCAUCCAGGAGACUAUGGCUUUGGUCGACGCCGAGGAUGAAAGCUUGGCACAAAAGCCGCAGGAAUAUCGCCCGGCCGAUAGCAUCGUCCGCCUGCGCGUGGCGGGUCUCAAAUUAUUGACCACUGCAAUUAAGAUGCCUGGAUUUAACGCCACAAAUACGCCUGGCCGGCAAGGACAAGCGCAGACACGUGUGGCACAAGAUCGCGCAAGAGUCAUCAGCAUUUUCUUCAAAUCGCUUUACAGCAAGAACAAGGACGUCGCUGCUUCGGCAAAUGCUGGUCUACAACAUGUUCUCUCUUCGAACGCCAAGCUGCCUAAGGAUCUACUUCAGAAUGGGCUCCGCCCGAUACUCAUGAAUGUUCAGGACGCCAAACGACUUUCUGUUGAGGGCCUGGAGGGACUACGAACGUUGCUGCAGCUCCUCCACAAUUAUUUCAAAGUCGAGAUAGGAACCCGGCUCCUCGAUCACAUGAAGUUGAUCGCUGACAAGACCACGCUUCAACGAGUGUCCUUUUCCCUGAUCGAGUCUCAGCCGAAGAUGCGUGUGGUGACCGCCAUCUUCAGCGUCUUUCAUCUGCUACCAACUCAAGCAUCGCAAUUCCUGCCCGAUCUUGUCCUUCGUGUCAUGGAUCUCGAAGCCACACUGCGACGUACACGAAGCAGUCCAUUCCGAGCGCCGCUCAUCAAAUAUCUUAAUCACUACCCCACUGAGACCUGGGCGUAUUUUAGCCGCAAGCUGAAGGAAGAGGCCCUCGGACGCUUCUUUGCGCAGAUCCUGACUGAUUCUGAUAGCGGAAUUCUCAGAGAAAAGGUCACCUCCGAAGCUGAUGUCCUUGUAAAGUCGAUCACAGCUGAACAAACCGAUGCCGAUCGUGCGCAAGCGUCUGUCAAUGCUAUCCAUGUGGCGCAUGCGAUCUGCCAGUAUCCAGAGACUGAGAAGCCAUUGCUCGAGAAUAAGGCGACCCGUGACGCGUUGUUGAAUGCAGCGCAAAUGCUCCGCAGGCAACAACAGCAAAGGAAACUGCCGAAGAACCUCCGCCUCGCUGCGAUCCAAAGCGGUAGCCAGAUCAUGGAAAUUAUCACAGCAUACCUCGCAAAGCACCCCGAGGAUCUUGAUGGAUUGUUCAACGUUGUGAGCGCGAGCGCUAAAGGCGACCUGCGGCCUUGCCCUUCGCUGUACGCGUUCUUGUACACCAACGUCAUCAUGAGCACCGUGGUGAACCAACAGAGAGCGAUCAUGAACCGUUGCAUUGACAUCUAUGCCUCAAAGGACGCUCCUCAGAAGCUCAAGUGGUUCGUGUUCCACCACAUUUUCAACCCGAUCCUUGCAAAUGACGCCCAGCGGAAUUGGUCGAUUCUUUUCAUCGAGAAAAAUAAGGGCACACCGCUACUAGAUCGGUCUCUUUUCGAGCAAGUCCAUUCCAAGCUGUGGAAGGGACUUACUGAGCCCGAGCCUGAGUCCACCGACGGGUUGACGCUGGGUACUGAUCACACUCGCAUGGAGCUCCUGCAGACUUCUGCGUUCUUAAUCAAAUACCACCACGAAUUCAGCUUCGACUUCCGAAAAGACAUCAUCAAAUUCGGCUGGAACUGGAUCAAGCUCGAUGAUCACAUCAACAAAUUUGCAGCUUAUGGCUUGAUUGCAUACUUCAUCCAUUUCUACGAUACCCCAAGCAAGAUCGCCAUGCAAGUGUACAACGCUCUGUUGAGAGCGCACCAAGCCGAAGGUCGAAACCUGGUCAUGCAGUCACUGGAGAUUAUUGAGCCUGUCAUGAAGAAGCGCUUCGGUACACCGGCCCAUGCAAUUUUCCGUGUUCCUAAGAGGAUCAUCACGGAAGAGCUGAACAACACCCAACAGCUCACCUGCAUCUACCAUUUCAUUGUGAGACAUCCUGAUCUAUUCUAUGAAUCUCGCCAGGAGUUCUCGUCAAGCAUCAUCACGACCAUGAACAAGGUGGCGCCGGUGCCCAACUCGAGUGUCGAAAGCAGGAAGCUCGCAUUGAAUCUGUUCACGCUGAUCUGGCAAUGGGAAGAGCGAACGGUCAGGGAGCAGGGAUCUCUGGCCACAGCCGACGCGCCCAAAAAGGGCGCUGUAGCGAACGUGCAGCUACGUCUCAUUUUCAUCAAGUACAUGGUGCACUUCAUUGCGACCAGCCCGGAAAGAUUCCCAGCAUCAUCGCCGAAGCCAGAUUCGAAGGAUAAAGAUAGCUGUGCUGUAAGCCCGCCGGCACCGUCCACAGAGAUCGUGACUAAGUCUUUGGAUAUCCUUCACAAACUCCUCUCAGCUCCAUACUGGGAUGAUGUCGACAUCGACAACAUGAUCCCCAAGGUCACGGAGACAUUCCUCACAACCGAUCAGAAGACUGAUGAGAAAUAUGAUGUCUGGCUCACGCGGGUCAUCAACACUACCCAAGUCGUCAAGGUCAUGUUGAACUCGCGUUCAGACGAAUGGGUCCUUGCUCAUCUGCCGCUGGUUCAGAAAUUGCUCGGAAAAGCUCUGCGCAGCGAAAUUCCAGAAUAUCAAGCCGCAGUGCACAAUGCGGACCUGGCUGAGAAUGUCAAGCCGAGACUACCCCCAGUACUGCAACGUGCCCUCGAACCUAUUCCGAUCGUUCAGUCUGAGGAAGAUCUUCCUGAUGCAGACAGUCCCACUGAUGAGUUCAUCGGAUUCUUGAACACGAUGGCUGGAGACUUGCUGAAUAACGGCAACCAUGUGCCCGCAAUCAAUAUCCUUUGGGCCAUGGCUCAACGCAGGGCUCAGGACAUUGAUACCCAUAUCCCGGCGCUCCUGAGAAUCCUGCAAACGAAACUGGCCAAGGACCACAUUACACAUUCAAGCCCGAAUUCUGUCCCGCCAGGCGAAACUCGACCUGCUCCCCCAACUGCUCAAGAAGCGGAGACAACUGUCCAGAUGGUUAUCAAAGUGAUCGAAAUGCUUUCAGACAGGAUGACGACACUGGGCGAAUCCCGCCGACCGUACUUGAGCGUUUUGGCAUCUCUUGUGGAGCGAUCAUCAAGCAAUGAGAUCUGCGAGAAGAUCCUAGCUCAGGUGGAAGAAUGGGUUUUCAAUCCUGCCGAGCCGGUGCCUACGCUCAAGGAGAAAACUGCCGUUCUGCAGAAGAUGCUUCUCUUCGAGAACCGUGCCGACCACACGCUCUACAACAAAUUCCUGAACCUGGUCAUUCGUAUCUACGAGGAUCCGAAGAUAACUCGAUCGGAGCUCGCCGUUCGCCUGGAACAGGCGUUCUUGGUCGGCUUGCGCUGUCAAGAUGUUGAGAUGCGCGCGCGAUUCGUGACGAUUUUCGAUAAAGCCCUGAGUCGAUUCCCGAGCAAUCGAUUCUUCAAGCUCAUCUGCGAACAGCAGUGGGACGUGCUUGGCGACUCCUUCUGGCUUAGCCAAGUUAUCCAGCUCAUGUUUGGGACUCUCGAUCAGCAGACCGUGCUGCACCUCGCAGAGGAUGACUUUCGUUGUCUACAAGCUUCACAAGCUUUCAAUACAUACAACGGGGACUCUCGACUCAGCGAUGUCAUGGUUGACGAUGGCUUGGAAGAACUUCUCGCCCACGAGCGGAACUUCAUGGUUGAGAUAGGAAAUGUCCGCUCCCGGGAUGUUCUGAUCCCGUUAUCGGAGCUUCAACAUACGGAUUGGCAACUCGCACAUGACAUCUGGAUUGCUUUCUUCCCGAUGUGUUGGUCAAUUCUUUCCCGAGAGGAUCGCGAGGAUGUGGAGCAAGGCUUGAUGCAAGUCCUGGUCAAAGAUUACCACCAACGUCAAAUGGACCGCCGCCCGAAUUGUGUCGCCACAUUGCUCGAAGCAAUCGCGAAGUCAGAAAUUCGCGUCAAGUUCCCACCACAUCUGAUGAAGUACCUGCUCAAACAGUAUGAUGCUUGGUACGUUGGAGCGACGUACAUGGAGGAUCUCGUGAUGAAGCCCAUUGUCGACACACCAAACGUUCGCGAAAGUGCUCUCGAUGCUCUCGUGGAAACCUACGCAGGUCUUGAGGAGCGAGAUCUAUUCUAUGGUGUCUGGCGUCGUCGAGCAGCCUACGUGGAAACCAAUGCUGCCUUGUCAUACGAGCAAAACGGCAUCUGGGACAAGGCUCAAACGAUGUAUGAGCAAGCUCAAGUCAAGGCACGCACAGCGUCACUGCCUUACUCGCAGGGAGAAUACAUGCUCUGGGAAGACCAAUGGGUUCUCUGUGCGCAGAAAUUGCAACAAUGGGAGAUACUCGGAGAAUUCGCCAAGCACGAAAAUAUCAACGAUCUCUAUCUAGAGGCCAUGUGGAGAAACUUCGAGACUUGGAACACUGCCGAGAACCGUGAACAUCUUGAGAAUGUGGUUAAAGCAGUUUCUGAUGCACCCACACCGCGCCGGCUUUUCUUCCAAUCUUUCAUCUCGCUUCUCAAGAUGCACAACAAGACUGAGACGCAGCAAGAAUUUGCGCGGAUAUGCGACGAGAAUAUUCAGCUUUCAAUUAAGAAUUGGCACAAGCUACCUCGUCGCAUUACGACAGCACACAUUGGCUUGCUUGAGAAUUUCCAGCAAUUGGUGGAGUUGCAUGAUGCUAGCGUCAUCUGUCAAAGUCUGGCGCAAACAACGACCGCAAAUCUCGAUGUCAAAUCGCAGGAGCUCAAGGUCCUGCUCAGCACAUGGCGUGAUCGCCUGCCGAACACUUGGGACGACAUCAAUGCUUGGCAAGACAUUGUCACAUGGCGUCAGCACAUAUUCAACCUCAUCAACAGCACCUAUCUGCCUCUCCUGCCGCAGAACGUGCCCAACAAUGCUGCUGGAAGUUCUUACGGUUACCGUGGAUUUCACGAGACUGCCUGGAUCAUCAAUCGCUUUGCUCAUGUCGCUCGCAAGCAUGAGAUGCCAGAUGUAUGCAUCGCGCAGCUGGGCAAGAUCUACACGCUGCCAAACAUUGAGAUUCAGGAAGCUUUCUUGAAGCUUCGCGAACAAGCAAAAUGUCAUUACCAGAACAAGAGCGAGUUGACGUCAGGCUUGGAAGUCAUCAACAAUACCAACCUCAACUACUUUCAGCCCCAGCAGAAGGCCGAGUUCUACACCCUCAAGGGCAUGUUCCUGAGCAAACUCAACCAAAAGGAUGAUGCGACUGAUGCGUUUGGCACCGCUCUCUUCUUCGACAUCAAACUACCCAAAGCGUGGGCGGAGUGGGGCAGAUACAGCGACAAUUUGUUCAAAGAAGAUCCCAAGAAUCUCGAGUUCGCUGGUAAUGCCCUGAGCUGUUAUCUUGAGGCUUCUGGACAGUACAAGAGCGCCAAAUCUCGGAAACUAUUGAGUCGUAUCCUAUGGCUGCUGAGCUUGGAUGAUGCUUCAGGCACUCUGGCGAAGAAGUACAAUGAUUUCAAGGGUGAUCAUCCUUGGUGGUACUGGGUCACAUUCAUCCCGCAGUUGCUCACGAAUUUGUCCAGAACUGAGGCUGAGGCCGAUAUUGCUCAUGUCAUCCUCAAUAGCCUUGCAAAGACAUACCCGCAAGCACUUCACUUCCAGCUUCGCACGUCGCAUGAAGAUAUGCAGGUCAUCCGCAAGGGACAAGAACUACGUGCGGCCAAAGCAAAAGCAGCGGAGAAUGUCAAGCAAGAAUCGCCUGCUGCUAAUCGUCCGGGCAGUGCCAGCAGUCCCCAGGCACAAUCUAGACCUGGCACAGCGAAUGGCGAAGCUACCGCAACGCCUGCCGCGAACAAGGAUACCGUCAUGACAACCGAUGAAAGCACAAAGAAAGAGGAGAGCAAGACUGAGGAGUUGCCCAAGCCGAAGAAGCCAUGGGAGCACACUGAUCGAUUGGAAAAGACUCUUCGCACCGCCUUUCCAUUGCUCUAUGCGUCUAUGGAGGCCAUGGUUGAGCAGAUUCAACGUCACUUCAAGUGCCCACCUGAUGAAGAUGCUUACCGCUUGAUCGUUGCGCUGCUGAAUGACGCGUUGAGCUACACCAAUCGCUCACCCAACUCGUAUUCUCAGGAUGCUAAGCUACCACCAUCAACGGAAGCCAACAUAACGCGUUUCGCGGAGUCGAUAUUGCCAGCACACAUUCGGAAGAGCUUUGAGGCUGAUUUCGUUGCGAACAAACCCACGAUGCAAGAAUACAUCAACAAGUUGCGGAAAUGGCGUGACAAGAUGGCUGAACUGCUGGAUCGUAAACCUUCCAGCUUCCACCUCGCUGAGACAAUCCAUCUCGUCGGAUUUCGCUUCAUUUGGUUUGAUGAUGUUGAAAUCCCAGGACAGUACCUGCAGCACAAAGAUAAGAACCAGGACUUUGUCAGGAUCGAGCGUUUCAUACCCGUCGUGGAUCUUGUUCGUGGCGUGACUGCUUGUCACCGGCGCCUCAAGAUUCGUGGUCACGAUGGAAGCGUCCAUCCAUUCGCGAUUCAACAUCCUACUCCUCGCCACAGCCGCCGUGAGGAACGCAUUCUGCAGCUGUUCCGGAUUUUCAACAGCACUUUGUCGAAGAAGAAAGAGAGCCGUCGUCGCAACCUACAAUUCCACCUGCCGUUCAUGGUUCCUCUUUCUCCGACAAUCCGCAUGACCCAAGAUGACGCUUCCUACAUAAGUCUUCAGGGAAUUUACGACGACCACUGUAGACGACAUGGCCAGGACAAGGAUGCCCCGCUUACUUUCGCGAUGGAGAAGAUGCGCACGUUGUCGCCUCAGCGGCCUGAACAGUGGGCCAACGUCCGACUUGAGUCACUCAACUAUGUGCAACAGCGAUAUGCAGAGAAAGAUCUCGUCCGUCAAUACUUUUCCACGACUUACACCUCCUUUGACGACUUCUGGCUGUUCCGCCGUCAAUUUUCUUACCAGCUAGCAGCUCUAACGUACAUUACUUUCACCAUGUUCAUGACUACUCGUUACCCGAGCAAGAUGCACAUCUCGAGACGCACUGGAAACGUUUGGGGAUCCGAGCUCCUUCCAUUCCUGAGCCCGCAGCGACCCUACCUGCACCAGCCAGAGCCGGUUCCCUUCCGUCUGACUCCCAACUUGCAGGUGUUGAUGGGCCCGAUCCACACCGAAGGGAUUUUCGUCGCCGCCGUGAUGGCCAUCGCGCGCUGUCUAACCUCCGACAUCACCGCCCCGAUCCCCGUCACAUCUGCAGCCGCCAACGGCCAGAACGGCGCCGCAGCAUCCACCACGACCAUCACCGACAGCAUGAACAGCGAACUCGAGCAUCAUCUCUCCAUCUUCGUCCGCGACGAGAUGCAGCACUGGUACAUGGCCUCGCACCGCCAGGUCGUCAAAGAGGACGAGAUGCGAUCCAACGUCAUGCGCAACUCCGAGGCCAUCGUUAACAAAGCAGUCGCCAUCGCGAAGGAACCUACCGCGAACAAUAUCCCUGCCAGUCAAUGCGUCCUCGAUCUCAUUGCCAAGGCUACAAAUCCCGAGAAGCUGGCACAGGCGGAUUUGCUUUGGAUGCCGUGGUUGUGAGGAAAGAAUUUAUGCUUGUGAUGAAUUGGACAAGACAAAAGUGUGUGUACUUCCAACAUCUUGUGUAUUGGUACGAACGCGAAUCGGAGGAGGCAGGCUUUGGGA